AUGUUUACAAAGCUUUUCAAUACAAUUCGUGAUACUCUAUCCCGUGAAACAGUGGAUAAUAACAAUAAAAAAGAACGUGAACAAGCUAGUGUCGCAAGAAGACCCUCAAUCACAGAAGAAUUACAGAAUAAUGAUACACACAGUGUCUUUUCGGAUCAUGCACCUUCUUCCGCAAAAAUGCUAGGCAGAAACAAUUCCAUUUCUCCACAAAGAGGUACCACCUUAUUUGGUAUAUCCAAAGAUACCGCUGAUGAUUUUGUUCAAAAGGACCUCAUCUCAAGUUCUUGGAGUUAA